UAGCUCUAUCGUCGUAAUCAAGGUGGAAUCAAAACAACUGACGACUCUCAGUGCUAUCUUCCAAACGCUCUCUUCAACCUCACACAACGUCAAAAGGUCGAUGUUUGUCGAUACUUGUCUCAUGCAUGGGCCUUGCUUGUUGAUAGUUUCCGGACAAUAAUUCCGCCCAAAUUUUGACCUCCACCUCAGCCGAUAUGUUGCGGACACCGGCGCCAAGCAACCUGUAUGGCCUGGUUGAUAUGGGAAGCAAUGGCAUCCGGUUUUCCAUCACCGACCUCUCCCCUGCUACCGCCCGCUCUCUCCCCACAGUCUAUCAGGAGCGUGAAGGCAUCUCGUUAUUCGAUGCUCAGUACUCUACUGGUGUCAAAGGAACCAUUCCACAAGAUACCAUUGACGAUGUCGUUUCAUCGCUCAUGAGAUUCGAAACUGCCUGUGCAGACUUUGGAGUGCCACAAACCAACAUCAGAGUGCUCGCUACGGAAGCAACCAGGACUGCCGAAAAUUCGGAGGACUUUCGCAAGCAGAUCAAAGAUGCCACAGGAUGGGAAGUAAAUAUGCUUCCUAAAGAGGCUGAAGGACGAAUUGGAGCCAUGGGCGUGGCCAGUAGUUUCGUCAGCGUUGAUGGGCUUGUAAUGGACUUGGGAGGCGGAAGCACCCAGAUAACAUGGAUGAUUGCGAAAGACGGCAAGGUCCAAACGAGCCCACAGGGCAGCAUCAGCUUUCCCUACGGUGCAGCCGCCAUGACGAGACGUCUAGCAGAAUUGGAUAUAGCUGAAGAGGAAUACACUCAACGGCACUCCAAGCUGACGCCAAAGUCGCCGUCGUUGAGUCCACGCGCCGAGCUUGAAGAAGAAAUGAAGGCACAUUUUCAGAAGGCUUACCAGGAACUCGACCUGCCUGAGUCACUCAAACACAAAGCCAAACAUGGUGAAUUGACACUAUACCUUUCGGGUGGCGGAUUCCGAGGCUGGGGUUAUCUACUCAUGUCACAGCACAAGGUCUCCCCGUACCCAGUUCAGAUUAUCAACGGCUUUCACGUGGCCAAGCGCGACUUUCAGCAGACCGCCCAAAUAUCCACCGUGGCAGCAGAGCAGUCUGUUUUCCGCAUCUCCAAACGUCGCGCCAAGCAGGUCCCAGCUGUGGCCUUCCUAGUCAACGUCCUCGCAGCGGCCCUGCCGAUGAUUCAACAGGUUCGAUUCUGUCAGGGCGGCGUGCGCGAGGGAUUCUUGUUCGACACACUCGACCCCAGUACCAAGGCGCUCGAUCCACUCACGGCAGGAACCGCGCAAUUUGGUACACCAUCAGCAUCUGAGAUAUCAGAUCUGUUGUUCUCUGGUCUACCCGGCAUCAACCAUUUCGACCGCUCCCUGCCGCCGACAUUCACACGAUCUCUUGUCCGAGCGGUAGCGGACAUGAUGUACAUGAAUCUGACCAUGCCAAAGGAGUCGCGAUCUGUUUCGGCGCUACAUGCUCCAUUGACUGGCGUUCUGGCGUCGGCACAUGGCAUCGCGCAUUGCGACCGAGCAUUGUUAGCCCUCACACUGUCCAGGCGCUGGAAAGCCGAUUUACCUCCGCCACAUUCGACCCUCGAGUCACGACUACGUUGCAUACUCACCCAACAGGAAGUCUUUUGGGCUAAUUACCUUGGAGCUCUGGCUGCGCUGGUGGGGACAGUAUAUCCUGCUGGCAAGAUAGAUCAGGCAAAACCGAGAUUGCAGCUUGCUGCGCGAUGGGCAGACGGUUUAGGCAAGAAGGGUCUAAAUCACGGUGUGAAGCUGGACAUUAAGUGUCGACGGGAGGACGUGAUGACUGCUCCAACCGCGCUGAAUCCUCUGGUCGAAGAGAUUGAGAAGUUGGGCAAGAAAAAGCAUCGCAUUGGUGGAGAGCAUGGCUUCGGUGUACCAUUUCAAGUCAGCAUUGACAGGGCGUUGAACUAGAAGGCAUUCCAGACGGAAAUGUCCGGGUUGAAAUCCUGCUGCAACACUGUUUAUGGCAAGGUAAAUCUAAAUGUCGAUACAAUAUGUAUUUAUAUACCAGGUCGAUAGCCUUCACACGUGGUCAGUGUCGCGAUCAUAGCCGUAGUAUCUACCCGCUUUACCGCGUUGACGCAAAGGGACAGGCGCCACUGUCGCAAUGAUCACC